CUCGGGUGCGCAUCUUGACCUCCCUGGCACCAGCCAGCCAUUGUAUUCGGGACGAUGGGUAACGGUACUGUCCCUCUGUCGUCGGUGCCGCAUAUGCCGCGACCAGGAGAGGACGUGCUACCUGUGGACGCAUUUCGUGGAACAGCGACCGCGUGCAUGGUAUGGGUGAUAUGGGACUGGCUCAUAAGCCUUGACCGAGAGGUCAGGGCUGUAUGGCAAGAAGGGCGCAACCUGCCCAAGCUGCUCUACGUCUUCAUCAGAUACCACACCAUCGGGGCGAUGAUAUUUUAUUUUCACCAUUCAUUGUAUAAGAUCGACUUCCAGCUGAUCAACCUCGAAGAGGUUUCCGACCACCUGCUAUCGCAUUGUUUAGCGGACGCAAAGAGGAACAUAUCCUACCGAUGGUAUAUGGCGAUCACCCAGAUUUUGUCCAUCACCGUCGGUGAAGCGCUCGUCCUUCUACGAAUCAACGCACUGUACGGAUGGAGCAGGAGGUUAAUGUCCUUUACUGUCGCUCUGUUCGUAGCGGAAGCCGUGGUCGGCAUCGUCACCACCUGCAUUACCCUUACGGGCGGCUCGGAGGCAUUGCUGGGCUCAUCGGAAGUAUUGAACUGCACAGCGGAUGCGAAGAACAUGUCCGACGUGAACAUUGCUAUGUGGUGCACAAGCAUGAUCGUCGUCUGCGUCUACUUCGUGCUCGUCGUGCUCAAGACCUCGAGCUACCUACGCGAAAUCAUGAUCACCCGCGGCCGAUACCCUCUGUUGGCGCUCGCGCGGAACCCGCAGGCCGCGCCGGCGCUGUAUACCUGCGUGCGGGACGCGUCGAUGUACUUUCUUCUAGCCUUCACAUGCGUGCUGAUGAACCUCCUUUUGAAUCUUCUACAUUCGCCAUACGUGCAAGUCGGAAGCCCCUGGCUGGUAGCGACGUACGGGGUAACGUCUUCCAAGAUUUUCCUCAAUCUCAAGGAAGUCGGCUUGCAGACGCGCAUGCCCCUCUCGAUGUCGGACAACUUCGCUGGCACACAGUCGAUGCCCCGUUUCCGCAUUCUCGACGCUAAACAGAUAGUUCAUCAAUGAGUUUGUGUAUUGUUGUAUUUACCACAACGGCGGUGUACUAUGUGAUAUGUGCGCCCUGGCCGUUCCAAUAUGGGGUGUCGCUCAGGAUUGUCUUGCAGCACUCUUUGGUGCACCUCGCGAUGGAUGUGCGAGGAGGAAACAAGGGGUAUGACCCUGCCGCGAAUAAAAACGUCUCGAGUUCGUCGGUAUGUUCGAGGGGUGUGUUGUCAUAGGAGAGCGGGGACCA